AUGCUUUAUGCCCAUGCCACAAUCAUCACCGUGGAUGCUGCCAGGAACAUCAUCCUCGACGGUGCAAUCCUCGUUCGAGACACCGUGAUCGCGGACAUUGAUAAGGCAGACGUCCUCCUAGCCAAGUACCCCGGCGAGGAAGUUACCAACCUCGAAGGUCGCAUCAUCAUACCGGGUUUGAUCAGCACGCACAUGCAUGUUGCGCAAACGCUUCUAAGAGGUACUGCCGAUGAUCUGGAGCUGGUCUCCUGGCUAUGCGAGAGGAUAUGGGUUCUCCAGGGCAACUUCACGGCCGAAGACGGCUACGCAGCAGCCCGUCUCAGUAUCGCGGAGAUGCUAAAAUCAGGGACGACCGUGAAGUUCGCCGAUCGCUACGGCUUCGACGGGCUUUGCAAAGCAGUUGAAGAGAGCGGUAUCAGGGGCUGCCUGGGGAAGAUCGUUAUGGACAUCGGGACAUACGCAAAAGAUCCGAAAUGGGCAAUGCACCCUGGUCUAGUCGAAGAUCGCGAAACGUCUCUUCUCGGUGCGGUACAAAUGUGGGAGAAAUGGAAUCGAGCUGCGAAUGACAGAAUCCGAGUUUGGUUCGGUGCGAGAACUCCUGGCGGCGUCUCGGAUGCGCUAUAUUGUGAAAUGACGUCCAUCUCCCGGGAGAAGGGUAUCCCGAUAACAAUGCAUUGCGCCGAAAUUGCCGCUGAUAGGGCGUUUUUCAACUCCCAGUCGCACACGCCCAUGUCAUACUGCUCGUCGGUGGGACUUUUAGGCCCGUCUACAGUGCUCGUUCACAUGGUGCAUUUAGACGACUCGGAUAUCGAACUGCUCGCUCAGACAAAGACGCAUGUGGCACACUGCCCGACGUCGAAUGCGAAACUGGCUUCGGGGAUCUGUCGUGUUCCUGAUCUGCUCAAAGCCCAGGUCAACAUCGGGCUGGGGACGGAUGGGGCCCCAUGCAACAACACCUGCGACCUGCUGCAGGAAAUGAAACUGGCUGCGAUCAUCCACAAGGCAACCAGCAACGACCCAACCGUUGUUCCCGCCGAAACCGUCUUAGAAAUGGCAACGAUCAACGGAGCCAAGGCCCUCGGGCUGGAUGAAUCGAUCGGGAGCCUGGAAGUCGGCAAAAAGGCGGACUUUGUCGUCACUGAUAUGCGCAAAGUGCACCUGCAGCCGGUCUUUUCGCCUGUCAGUGCCGUCGUCUAUACUGCUACCGGGCGUGAUGUGGAGAUGGUCGUCAUCGACGGGAAAGUCGUUGUUGCUGACGGGUCGCUGACAACGAUGGACGAGCAAGAAAUCUUGAAAGAAGCGGAAUGGAGAGCCAGAGAUGUUAUGUGUGAUGCUCUAAACAAUGGACUUCUGUAUAGCGGAGAUAUUACGACCCCCCUGCCCGAAGUCCGGCGAAUAAGAUGCUGCCGCUGCACUGGAUUAUUGGACAAAAGUGACAAGGAUGUCAGACAAUCACAGUGGGAGAUUUUGAUGGAGUGUGUCAAGCAGGCAGAUCAUACACCUCCUGCCCACAUGGACAGGGGAAAACGUGCACCGCUGCCACCAGGCCCAACACCGAAGCCGAUCAUUGGAAACCUGACUGAUCUGCCACCACCUGGCGAGCAGGAAUGGCGGCAUUGGCUCAAGCACAAAGACCUUUACGGUUUCUCUAACGAUCCAUAUCCUUUGACAGGUCCCAUCAGUUCCGUGACCGCCCUGCGACAGACAUAUAUUAUCCUCAAUGACGUCCGUCUGGCGUUUGAGCUCCUUGAGAAGCGGUCUGCUAUACACUCUUCGCGACCGAGGCUGGUCUUCGGAAAUGAAAUGGUAGGAUGGAGAAACUUCCUUUCGAGCGUGGAAUACUCGAGUCGAUUCCGCGCCUAUCGCAAGCUUAUGGGCCGACUGCUUGGCUCCAAAGACUCAGUUUCGCGGUUUUAUCCUCUUCAGGAGGUCGAGGCCCAGGAUAGAAGUGAUAAUGUCUCUGCAUUUAGCGAAGCUGGUGCGGUCAUCCUGAAGAUCGCCUAUGGCUAUACGAUCGAACCGCACAAGAAGGAUCCUUUCGUGGACCUGGCCGACAAGACGCUGCUUGUGUUCGUUGCCGCGACCACUCCUACGGCCUGGCUGGUGGAUAUCAUGCCUUUUCGUGCGUUCUCCCCGUCCGUAUUCAGAAUAUGGAAAGCUGAUGGCAACAAAUUCAAGCGCACCGCCCGGCUUUGGCGGAAAACGGUGACCGAUCUAGUGGAAAGGCCGUAUGCGUUUGUCAAACAGCAGAUGGCGCAGGGCAAAUAUGAGCCAUCGUUUGUGUCGCAGUUGCUGGAUAAAGGUGAUUUGGACCCCGAGGAAGAAUUCGCCGUCAAAUACUCGGCGGCGUCUUUGUACGGCGGCGGUGCAGAUACCACUGUCUCAUCCAUGGAAUGCUUCUUCCUGGCGAUGACUCUAUUUCCAGAUGUCCAGCGCAAAGCGCAAGAAGAGAUUGACCGGGUUGUGGGCUCUGGGCGACUUCCGGGGUUCCAGGACCGCGAGAACCUGCCUUAUAUCGAUGCAAUUGUGAAAGAAGUCCUGCGCUGGCACCCUGUUGCGCCGAUGAGCCUGGCCCAUGUGACCACCGAAGACGAUAUCUGCGAGGGCUAUCUCAUCCCAAAGGGAGCCUUGCUGCUGCCGAACAUUUGGGCUUUCACCCAUGACCCAAAAGUAUACCACGAUCCUAUGACCUUCAAGCCAGAACGCUUCUUAUCCCAGGACGGUCACAUUCCCGAGCUCGAUCCACAUACACUGUCGUUCGGCUUUGGACGACGCAUCUGUCCCGGCCGCGUGCUCGCAGAUUCGGCGCUUUAUCUCAGCAUUGCUCAGUCUCUCGCCGUGUUCAACAUUCAGAAGGUAGUCGAGGACGGCCACGAAGUCGACCCGGUGGUGGAGUUUCUUCCGGGAGUUAUCAGUCACCCGGUUCCAUUCAAAACGUCAGUCGAGCCGCGGAGUCCACAGCAUGAAGCUCUCAUCCUCUCGAUUGAGCAGGACCAUCCCUGGGAGGAGAGUGACGCUAAAGUGCUCGAGAGUAUAACCUACUGA